CCGCAGGUCACCCCACUCCACCCCUGUCCGACCCUUUUUGGCCGAAAGCGUUCCCGAACAAACACCAAUCCACACCAAAGCAUCGUAUCGUAUCGUAUCGAAUCGAAUCGAAACGAAACAAAACGAAAAGGAACCAAACGGAAUCGCACCAUGCGGCGAUCUAGGUCUCGCGAACCCAACCUGGAACGCACCAAAUCCGGAAGGGUGAAAUCCUCGGGCGCUUCCUCGCAGCAACAACAACAGCAACAACAGCGCGGAAAGUCUCCCCGGAGGGGGAAAUCCCCGAGACGAACGAAACCAAAGAGAACGAAAUCGGGCGACACCGACCUCCGCCGCGGGGUCCGCCGCACCCAGUCCGGCGACACAGUCUCGUCACGGAAGAAAUCGGAGGGCAAAAAGUCCUCGGGAAAAUCCUCGGGCAAGUCCUCGGGCGGCGAUGGAUCGCUGCGGAGCGAACGCACGUACAACGACAACAAGAACAAGAACCUCUUGCUGACCAUUCCGAAGGAAUACCUGUCGAAACCCGAAAAGGCGGAACCGAUUCUCUACUAUCUCCCAAAGACGGCACAGAGCCAUGGCGGGGCAAACGCGGCUCUGAAGUCCAACGGCUUUCCGAGCCUGAGGAGUCUCCUGGCGGCCGCCCAGGACGACAUUCGGCUCCACCGGGCCCGCCAGCAGGCCGCCAAAUACCGAGACACGAAGCUGCUCUCGACCUACAAAAUCGAAAACGACCAGCUCUACCUGAGCCGGCAGCAACGUCUGCACGAGAGGGAGCUCCUCCUGGGAAAACUCGACAUGGAACGCCGCCUGAUCGUCAAGGAACUGCUGGAGCGGAACACCACCGGCCUGACGGCCAAGGAAGCCACGGCUAUCCAGCUGGCACGGUGGCAGCGCGCGCUGGAACUCUAUGUCUACGACCCCCCCGCCCGGCUGGAGGACAUCGACCAGCGUGGCCUGCCGAACGCCCCUGGCCCGGGAGAGGCCGGUGGGGUGGCCCAGGCGGCGCAGCUCGACGAGCCGGAAAGCAAGGAAAAAAUGGACUUUUUGGACCUGCUGGAAAAACUGAGAGAAAUCAUUGGCGAGGUACGUACCGUAUCGUGAGACGCUGCCGGCACGGCGGCGCAUUUGUGGAAUUUGCAGGCUUGUCCCUCUCUUUGAUUUCCGUCCCUGACUCUUGUGUGCCGUGACUCUUUCCUGUUCGAUCGCGAUUGGUUGGUGAAUUGCUCCUUUUUUCGUUUUUCCAUCGGGUACAAAACGGCUGGUCAAAUGUGUUUUACAAUGCAAAAUGGAAAAAUAUUGCUGCGAAAACCGUGCUGUGUUGCCUUCCAAUGCGUUUCAAAGGAGGAUGGCAUGACAGAAUCCUUCAGCCAGGCUGCCAAUAUGUGUAGCACUCUAGUAGACGUCACUCGACAGGUGACGAAAGACUCGACCGACGCCGUUUUAGAAGUUGCAGAUGCCUACCAGAUUCGGUUAGAAGCACACGAGCUGUUUUGCCGCAACGCGCUGGUACGGACGGAAGAGAUCCAAAACCAGUUUCGUAUCAACGGACGGGCCGCACUGCAAAUCGGCAACCAGCUGGAAUUUGCCGAAUCGAAGAGAAAGCGAUGCGAAUCGGCCUCGAUGCUCAUUCGUCGAUGGUGGUUGAUGGAAUCCCUCGCGGAGCAAGAGAACCUGUCGGGGGAGCCACUCAAGGUGACGGAAGAGGUGCGGGGAGCCGUGCCCCUCACGAGCUGCCGGAUGGACCCACUCUUUACACGGCCAGAAAACAGCAUCGAAGCCAGCCGGACGCUCCGGAGGCUGCGGCAGGUCGUGAAGUCGCGGGGAAACGCGGCCUCGGCGAACAUGCAAACGGGCAAGUGGGAAAAAUCCGACGUGACCUCUAGCCGGCGGUUCGAUCUGACCGCGGACUUGAUCCGGAGAACCAGCGAAGCGCUCGAAGAACGUCUGUUGAAUUCUUUCUCGGACAUCUACGGCCGGGGUGGUGCCUACGAAUUCGGUGCCAUGGGCCGAGCCGGAACCAUCAACUGGCAAGAACUCCGGAACAUUGCCCGUGCCUGCUGGAUGUUUGAGGGAGGGCGAAGGCUUUUCGAAACCUACGUGGAUAUUGUUGUCGCGACGAGGCUGCCAGAGCUUUUCGAUACGGAGAAGAUGAAACGAGUGGGAAUGGUCGACGGAGAAGAAAAGGAGGAAGAAGAGGAGUUUGACAUGGACACCGCGAGAACCCAGCUCUCGAGCCUGUUCAACCGGGUCUCUGAAGUAUUCACGCAGGAAUUCCAGCUGAUCGGACACGUCUUUGACUAUUCAGACGAAGCGGACGGCGCGCUAACCGAAAGCAUCCCUCUGACGGUUGCCAGAGCGCUCUGCGUGCGUGUCAUUGGGGAUCCCAAAAAUGGUCUGCAAGCAAAGAUCAAUUCUCUUCUGGACAAGAUUGACAGAAAAAGCGAUUUUGAUACCGGAACAAAGAAACUCGACACCUUUGUCAUCAUUCACGACAAGGCCGCGAGUUUGUUUGAAUUGCUGAAAGAUGCCGCGGAGAGCCUCGUGCGAGACAAGAACGCGGGAACCAAGGCCAGAAACGCGGUAGAAAGCCUCAAGGUGUUUUUAAACUCCCAAGAAAUCUCCCUCAACAACAGCCAUCGCACGGGAUACUUGAACCUGGAGCUACGGCUGCUGCACCACGAGUGCUGCGCUUCGUUGGACCAGGCAGGAUGCAUUUUGACACGACCCACCCCCAUGAAGAUGAACCAGAAUCUUCUCGACAAGGGCAUUCUUGAGGAGUACCAGGCGCCACACUUGUCGCUCGAGAAAAAUUCUCUCAAGAAGUCGGGGUUCAACGAUAUCCUGAGUGGUCCACUGAAAUCGAGUGUCCUGCGACAGCCGUUGAUUCACGCCACCGAUUCCCUAGCCAGAGCUCGAUUGAUGUUUGGAAACGGAAAGGAGGUGGGCGAAUCCGCGUCGCGCGUCGUUACAAGCAUCUACCACCAGAUGUGCAUAUUUUACGGGCAGGGAUUUUUGUAUCCCAUUGUCGAGGCACUCCAAGAAAUGCUCAAGUCGAACCCUCCGCACCAAGCCCCUCAGUUGCCCUUUGACGAAGAGCAACCCGCUCACGACCUGGGUAUUGAUCCAGCGUUCUGGGUGGCACUGGAACGAAUUCAUUCGGCAGCAAAAGCCUUUGAUCGGGAAUUGUGGGCCGAGCCGAGAAAGGGAUCAAACCGUGUUUGGGACAUUUUGUCAUCCGGCGGUGACGCAUCGGAUUCCGGCAAUACUAUAGCUCUGGCGAGGGAUUGCCGGGUUGAUUUCUUCAACGAACUCGAAAGCCGAGGAGAAGACGCCAUCCUUCGAGCCCUCGACACACUAAGUGCUCAUAUCCAGUGGAUCUUGGUUACCGGAAGCGAGGCGGCACUGUCGUCUGGCGGGGGCUUGUUCAAAUCGAACGUCGGCAGUUCGGGAGGACCGUAUGCCAUGAACUCGGGAGCGGCAUUGGAAGCACCAAAUAACCCCGCUGUGAAGUCUCUGACGUAUUGCCUCCGCGUGCAGUUUGUACACAUCCAGGCCGCACUGACGCCCCAGUCGCUCUCUGCCUUUUGGUCUGCGUUGUCGAUGAGAUUGUACGACAUUCUCGUGACCCGGUUGCUGCAGAACUGGUACGUGUCUACCGCUGGCGCCGUGAUCCUGGCUCGCGACGUGGAAGCCCUGCGAUCGGUUGCCAUGCUGGCGGGAACAAAGCACGAGCACUGGGAUAUCUUGAGGGAGUUGCUGACCCUCUACAUGACGCCGCCGGACGCGCUGAAAAUCAUGCUGGUAGGCCCCGAGGGAGACCCAAAUUCCGGAAAGGGUCUCUUUGGCAGUGCCGGACGGGACCAGUCCCUGGUGUUCAUGAGCCGCCGCGUGGAUUACCGCUACAAGACCAACCAGGGCCAACGGAAGAGCGCGUGGGUGAUACAGAUCCUGAACGAAUUGCACGUUCGGGAUCCCACCGAUUCGUACGUGAAUAUCGGGCUUUUUGCAGCUGGAAGAAAAUGAGGAAACAGUUGAUUGAUUUAUAACAUUAAACAGGUGUAUUUGUUGAAACAUCUUCUGGAAGGCGAUUGGAAGUGUUCAAUUCGUCCUAGUUUGUAUCUGUUGUCACAACAUCAAGUAAGUUCUCUUCGAUACGAGUCCUCUUGUAGCUUACUCGACGAAUAUAAGAGCUACAACAGA